AAAUAUUUCCCCCUGAAACUAAUUUCCUAUUUUAGGGGAGAGUUCAGUACACUGACGCAUCUAUUCGGUGACAUGGACGUGGUCUGCUCAUAUAUUUUCGAAGGAUUUAGUUCUGGUGUACAGUGGGUAAAGAUACAUCAGGCUCUGCCAUUUCUCUGCGCUGCGGAUGGAAAGGUGGUGCGUGUAUACAACACUGAGACAAGUAGGGAAGUAAGAACUCUAGUUGGACAUUUUGGAAAUAUUAGUUCUGGGGUUUUCUGUUUAGGUUUUGAGGAUAUGGAAACAUUAAGUUUGGUCACAGUUUCAGCAGAUAAAACUUUAAAGGUUUGGAGUUUAAGAACUGGAAUUACAUUGGACACUUUUCCUCUAAACACUCAGCCUGCCAGUUUGGUUGCAGCCCCCAACUGUAAUCUAAUGGGGUUGGUUCAUGGAAACGGUUUAGCAAUGAUAAAACUGUACAAACACAGACCUGUUCAUACUGUUUACAAACAUCAUCUAUACCUUAUCAGGGAGAAUUGGCUGACUCAUGUAAAUACUGAGAGGAAAAAGGAAACAAAACUUUUCAAAAUUUUAGAGGUUCGAAACCAGCGUGUGCAGAGUGCAAGUUACAACCCUGGGGAGCACGCUGUGCUGGUUAACUACACCAGGUUUAACCUUUCCUCCUUCCAGCUCUACUUCAUACAGGAAACUACUCCACGUCAGAGUUCCAAGAGUCCUGCAGUUCCCAGUAUUAAGAGUUCUCCAGGGGACUCGGCACUCUGGGUUUCAAACUCUAGGUUUUCCCAUAUAGAUAACACAGGCCGGGUUGUGGUGAAGAACUUGAAGAACCAGGACGUAAACUUUGCCGGGUUCUCCCGUGGGUUUCUCGUCAACAGGGCCGCCAGGACGGAGAUGAAUAUUCCAAAGUGUGAUAAAAUAUUUCAAGGAUAUGUUGAUCAAGAGGUUGUCCUCCGAGAUACAGGAUACCUUGUCCUCUACUCCCUCAACCAGAGGAGGAGGCUGGCUAAUAUAAACCUCGGUCUCGAGGUUCCUAAGCAGGUUAUCUGGAACCAAGAUGGGACAAAGGUUGCUAUUCUCACAUCAAAGUGUGUUCGGGUCUGUGAUAAACAGUUGAAAGAGAUUUCUCGUUUUAGGUAA